AUGCCUCCCAAAAAGCAAGCCUCCAACUCCAACAAGAAGCACCCACGAUCCAAAGCUCAGCAUGAGCCUAUUGAUCGUCCGCGGAAGGUCACUCGUCGUUCGACAGCGUCCGACCAAACGAAGAGUGGCACUCGGUCUCCACCAGAUACCACACCACCUGUCGGACAAGAGCAGAGUACUGUUCGAAACCGUACCCUGCUUUCAUCAUUCAACGUCGACGUUGGACCUAAGACUCAAGUCAACGUUACAUCGAACAAUCCUCAAUCCCUUGUGAAGGGCCCUCUUCACCCAGACGAACCUACAAUCGGACGCGAGGCUGUCCCUCCAAUUCAGCCUAUAGUCCUUUCCAAACUCUCAUGGGCGUCACGAUCCGCGGUCAAGAUCAAGAGGCUCGGCUUCAACACACCCGCAAGUGGCUCAUCUGACUCUUCAAAAGGGGCCAAGUGGGCAGAAGUGUUGGGUCAGGUGAGCAGGAUGUACAGUUAUAAACGUAUAGCUGAGAACCAAGUUCGUCUGCUACUCAUCAAGCCCGGCGCUUUCGACGAAGAGAUCAACGCUUCGUUAUUGGUCGUAAACGAUGAUCAGCUCGGGAGUGAACAAUUCCCUUACUCGGCGCUUUCGUAUAACUGGGGGAACAUCGAAGACGACAGUACCAUUAUCAUCCAAGACGAUCCGGCCUCAUCUCCUGUCAAAUCUAUCAAGAAAGCAGUGGAUGCGUUUAAAGCAGUUAUGCAAGACAAGACGAUUAGGGUCAAGCCGAAUCUCUAUGAAGCUCUUCGACAUCUGCGAAAAGAAAAUCAGAUCAUCGCGCUUUGGGUGGAUGCAGUAUGCAUCAACCAGUUUGAUAACAAAGAGAAAGAGGAGCAAGUGCUCAAGAUGGCGCAUAUUUAUCAUAAAGCCUACAAUGUGAACGUGUGGCUUGGCUCCGAUAGUCUUGGUGACAUGAUUUCAAACAGAGCCAUGGCUUUCAUUCCAAAGGUCAUCGAUCCAGAAAACCAUUCCACACUCCUGGCGGGCGACGAGUACAUCAAAGACUGGGCAAGUCUGUACGAACUUCUGAAGUGGAGCUGGUUUUCGCGACGCUGGAUUAUACAAGAGCUAGCAUUCGCUCAAUCCGCUUCAGUUCACUGCGGCAAACAUGUGCGCGACUGGUGUGAUUUCCAAACUGCCAUCGCUAUCUUUCAUAGACACUUUGACGUUCUGAAAGCUCGGCUUAUGAUACAUUAUGAGUCCUCUCAGGUCAAGCAUACUUAUCUGAACGAUGAUUCUACUUUGGAGAUCGAGCAUCUCGGUGCAAAGCUGUUAGUGGACAUGACAUCAACGUUAUUUCGUAAGCGACCGGACGGUUCUCUCGAAUCUACGAAAGGUCUGGAGAGCUUGGUAUGCUCUCUUUCCGGCUUCGAUACAUCCGACCCACGCGAUACUAUCAAUGCCUUCAGGAGUAUUUCCAAGGAGGUGACUAGGAACGACCUUCGGGUUGCGGGACGCCAGAGGUCUCCGCCUGCUCCAAACUACAGCAAGGAUCUCUUUGAGAUUUACCGCGACUUUGUCCAAUGGGUCAUAGAGACCACGGGAUCAAUCGAUAUAAUCUGCCGCCACUGGGCACUGAAAGAACGAAAGGUGCCAACCCCGACAACCCCUCGACUAGUUGAACUCCCUUCUUGGAUCCUCUUCGUGGAGGACUCUGCCUGGGGAAAAGGCGAAGACCGAUUUCGUGGCCGAAAGGCUGGCGACAGCUUUGUCGGUCUACCUGGUAGCAACAAUUACAAUGCCUGCGGUAGGCGAGGCAAACAAGCCCAGGUUGAGUUUCCCCGAAGCCCAAUCCAUCAUGAUCCGACCACCUCCACCCAACUCACUCACGAUAUGUCCAUAUUUGUGAAGGGUGUUGUGAUAGGGUCCGUUUCGUUUCGCACUGACCCAUUUCCUGAUGGCGUCAUCACCAAAGACUGUUUAGAAGGCCUGGGCUGGGUCUUUGACAAGGAUGCAAAAGAGAUCACCGAAGUUCCUGCUAAACUUUGGCAAACUCUGGUUGCGGACCGUGAUCCACAAGGAAACCAGCCCCCUCAUUGGUACAAAACAGCAUGUCAACACUGUCUUACUUACCAAACAAACAACGGUCACAUUAACCUUGGCACUAUAUUACGUCGGAAUCUUCAAGCCGGCUCCCAAGAUAUAGUGUACGACUACCUUUGUCGUGUCCGCGCUGUCACCUGGAACCGAUCUUUCCUCAAGGGCAAACCUAUUUGUAGCGACACUACCGAGACUUGCGACUCCGAUCAUGACGAGCUCGUCGGCUUCGGACCACCCAAGACGGAGAAAGGAGACGUGAUUGCCAUUCUGUAUGGCUGUAGCGUUCCCGUUAUCAUUCGGCCUACCGAAAGCAGCUCGGGUGAGCACCUUGGUUAUCGGUUCGUUGGCGAGGCUUACAUCUACGGCAAAAUGGAUGACGAAGCUUUCGGUGUUCAUUGCGAAGAGAAGACCUUCAAGUUACUCUGA